UACUGAUCAUGAUUCACAGAAACUACAGAUCUUCCUGUUUAAUUUCCUCAUUUUUCAAGAUCGUUGUUACUUGUGAAGAGAUAGCUGUCUUUGUCACCUUUUUUCAGACUACUGUAGCAAUAUCAACUGGACCGUUUUGUCUGCUUGACAGUUUCCGCUUCCUUUAGUUUCACAAUCAAAAAUGAGACACGAGCCACAGCAGACUGCUUUCCAACCAUUUGGCUCUAAUGCUUCAAUUGCAGAUGGUGUUUUCUAAAGGGCUGGAUGUCCAGGCUGGAUGAGCAAGGCAAAUGGAUGAAGCACUGGUUUGUUCUUGGUGACACUUCACUGAGGUACUACAGAGACUCGGAGGCUGAGGAGUCGGAUGAUUUGGAUGGAGAGAUUGAUCUGACAUCCUGUGUGAAUGUGUCAGACUGUGAUGUAGAGAAGAACUAUGGACUUCAAAUUCAGACAAAAAGAGCUGUGUUCACUCUCUCUGCUACAACAUCCAGAAUUCGUCGGAACUGGGUGAAGUUACUGACACAGGCCAUCCAGAACAACUCACACCAAUCAGACUCCGGCAGUGAGAAAGCGAACACCCGCUCCCGCAGACUGUCGUCAAGCCAACGGCCCACUCAGUUCCCCUGCAAGUACUCCAGCUGUGAACCUGCCACUUCUAUCUACAACACCGUAGACGCAAACGCCAACAAGGACCCAACGACAAAAGGCGACCCAGGCAUAGACCUGUCUCCGGCCACUCAGAGGGAACAAGGAGAAGGUUGGGACCGUGAGCAAGCAAAGAGACUGGAAGAGAGGAACAAGUGGUUUGAGGAAGGGGUCCCUCUCAGUGAGAUGAACAGCAGGUGGGACUCCAUGGAACUGAAAAAGGGGAACCUUACAGUCCCUGUUAUUGAAACCAUAGACUCUGAAGUCAAUAAGAAAUGGACAGAAUUUGAAACGUCAUAUAAGGACGUAAGCUCCCAGUCUCUCACUGGAGGCCAGGCCCAUCAAUCAAGUUCUCCUGAUUUGUCAGGGUCUCUAAUUUAUUCUCAAAUGUAUCAACCAAGCCCAGAUCAGGUCAAUCAGACUUGCUUGUCCUCUUCGGGCAAGGCUCUUUCAUCAAUAAAUAGUCAGAUCCUUCCAACUAACAAAGCUGAGGCUCUUCAAAAGGAGCAGGUUGAAAGCAUCAGAAAGGAGCAUCAAGCCAUGGAGAUAGAUGUGGACAGUCCAUGUGGCCCUGGAGCCCCCUGUAGAGCCAAACUGAAAGCCAUGGAAGCAGCUCAUCAAAAGCAACUGCAGGAGCUGCAGGAGAAGCAUGCCAAGGAGAAGAAGAAGCUUGAGGAAGAGAGAGACCGCAUGCUACAAGAGGAGAGCCAGUCAGCUGCUAAGGCUAUGGAGGCACUCAAAGCAGCUCACAGGGAGGAGUUGGAGAGAGAAGUGGGGAAGGCCAGAGGGCAGGAUGGAGGAGCAGCACACUUGGAUUCCUCCUACAGAGAUCAUAUGCCUCAGGCGGAUGUCUUGCACAGCGAGUUAAACGUGCUAUCAGAACAAUACUCUCAAAAGUGCCUGGAGUUGAAAAGCACUGAGCGCAACAGCAAGAGCCGAGAGACUGAGCUGGACUACAAGAAGAAAGAGAUGGAGCAGCUCCAGAGAGAAAACCAGGAGCUUAAGGUGAAGCUUGCAGAAGAAAUCAGUCGAAUGAGAUAUUUCAUUACAGGCCAGAGGUCUGAGGCGGCCUCACUUUGCAAAACCGAGGAAACUCCUUCCAAUUUAGAGACAAUGUUGAGAGCAAAGGAAAAUGAGGUGCAGUAUCUUAAAAAAGAAAUCAGCUGUCUACAAAAUGAGGUCCAAAUGCUUAUGAAGGAAAAAGAUGCAGUCUAUAAGAAGUAUAAGGAGGCCUAUGUUGAACUGAGUGAUACAAGAGGUCGAAGCCAGUUGGAGCUGGACUCCCUUAAUGAGCAUUUAAAACUGGCCAAUGCUGCACUCCAGGAGGAAGGCAGACACACCUGACCAAUAAGGUCAACACAUGAACUUUACAUCAAAGGAUGAACAGCAGCCAGCCAAUU